UUUCCAGGCGGUUUCUAUCAAGACGAGUUCGCCUAUACAGGGAAAUCAACAUACGGCGUAGGGUGUAAACUUUGUCCGUUAGGUCACUAUGUAUCACAACAUGCUGCCCCAGGAAAGGCGACAACAGAUUGUAUCUUAUGUCCACAAGGCAAGUGAAAUUAAGAAAUGGCUUUAUGAUUAAUUCGGCAGAUUUGAUGGGAAUGGUCCUUCAGAUAACUAGUAAACUGUCUGUUGUGCAGGCGGUUUCAGUAUUUAAUCUUACAUUUUUGGGAAAGAAUCUCUGGAGACAGGGUAGAAACCCUUUGUCGUUGUUCCUAAAAUAAUCCGGUUUUUUUAAAAAAUUAGGGCCAAAGGCAAAACGUCGACGCCUCUAAAAGCCUACGUUUUGGCUACUCAGAAAAAAAACACGAGAAGAGUUCCCAUGAAACUACUCCGCAAAGAGCUCCUACAUAAAACUACUCCGGAUUGAAAAACGUGUACGAAAAUCUUUCCCCAAAAUUGCCUGGUUAAUACAUAUUUCUAGAGGCGCGGGUUAAGAGGUUACAUGCCGAAGUUCUCGGCUCACUCCCGUUGUAAACUUCAAGAGUGGAAUCAUUCGAGUAUACCUAAUCGAUUAAAGGACUACGAAUUCAGUACACUUAGACAAAAUCAUUCCGAUGCAUUCGGUGAGGCAUAGGCGUACGGGCCGGGGGGGCGAGGGGGGCUGCAGCCCCCCCAAAUCUUGGGCAACUCAGAUUUUUUGGGCAGCGAGAGAAAAUUUGGGCAAAGCCAGUUUUUUAAGACGUUUCCGUGUUUUUCAAAUCAUUAUUUUGAAGAGAUAAAUAUUUUGUAUUUUAACCUGAAUUUGGCGUAAUAAUCCAGUACUGUUACAUUCACACGAGACAGUGGUUGCCUAGCACGUAAUGAGUUUCUGGUUGUAAGGGAAGGGUAUCAUGUGGUGAUUUUUUUUAUUGUUGGGCACUGUACUGCAAUGGGCUAUUUCCAGUCGUGAAUUGAUUAGAAUAAACUUCCGCCUAACUUUCUAGAAUCAUCUCCGCUCGUAGAACAGUGUAUGGCAGAUAGCAUCAGCAAUGGGUCUGAAAGUGAAGAAGUGGCUGACUAAUUUUCAGUUUGAAUUACGCGAAGAAUCGUAAUUUUUUUUACAAAAAUCUAUCGAGUGGUUUAAAAAUUAUUCACUAAUUUGUUAAAUUAGACCAAAAUGUUUACAAAACCGCUAACAAGAGUGCCAUGAUACAUGCUAAAUAAUCAAAUUCCUUUUUGGCCAGAGCUAUCUCCAUGAUCUCUUACCCACGUUUUUAAAAAGAUUGAAACUACUAUGAGGUGAAAUUGCAUGUCAAAAGCGCUUCGUUUUCUACAGAUAACGGUCAAACAUCAAGAUUUUCCUUUUUUACCGUAUUUCUAACGAUAAAAACUUUAUCCCAAAAAAUCUCCGCAACGCUCUUACAGAUUUUGUUUUAACUUCACGAACAUCAAGGCGACUAUUGGAGGAAAAUUCUCCCGUGAACGAUUUUGGAAGAACAGUUCCUAGUGAGAAACGUUGCUGCAAGUCAGGAGAUAGGCUCCUGUGCAAGUAUAAUAGGUAAUGGCAUCAUUUGGUUGCUAUGACAACUCCGAUGUUAUUGCAACCCGGAUCAUAACAAAUUUUCAUCUUUAUCUAAUACAACUGUGGUGGCAAUUUUUCCAAAUGUUUGUUUAUGGUGUUGUAGUCUAUGCCACUUUCAUAUGCUAGUACGGCUUAUGUUGUUGCAUCGUAUGGCCCCCUUUUCUGUUCGACUGUUUUGUAAAAAUUUGGGCAACUUGCAAGAAUUUUUUGGGCAAAUGGUUUACUGCCCCCCGUGGCAAAAAAUUGCCCGUACGCCUAUGCGGUGAGGAGAGACAAAUUGGAAAAGCUGCAGUUAGCUUCCUUAACUAUAAGACACAUACAGAAAUGAUGACACAUUAUAACCUCAAUCAACAAUCAGCAAUAAACAGUACGUAUUUAAACUGAAUAUGGUAGAGAGAUUGGUACUAGAAAAAACUGUUAAUCAUACCCAGAAACGUUGAGCGUGAUUCUGAUUUUACUAUUACUCUCUUUUACAGGAACGGUAUAUUCAGAAUAUGCUGGUUUUAAGGGCUGCGAGUGUCUUCCCAAUUAUUAUCGGCUAGAUCGAUUCGGCGCUUGUAAACGAUGUCCUUUACGAGGACUAACUUGCCAUAACGAAACAGUGUCGCUUCAGCCUGGCUUCUUCUGGAAAUGGUUGUCAAAUGAAAGUCUUGGUAACUACCGAAAGUUCUCAGCCGAUCUUUUAAUAACGAACAGUUCAUACCAACAGCCACGAUUUCGAGGAACAGUACCACAGGUAUACCUGUGUCCAUUGUCUAAAGCAUGUCUUGGAGGUAUGGAAUCGAAGUGCUCUAAUGGAUACGGUGGUCCCCUCUGCGCCGUGUGCGGCAAAGGGUAUUACCAUUUGUUGAACCAUUGCCGCAAAUGCCCUGAAACAUUGUGGUUCAUUAUACAACUGUGUGGAAUUGCCAUUGUUAUAGCCAUUCUUACAGUAAGCAUCGUUCUGGCAAGAAAGAGAAGAUGUCCUUCUGGACGGAAGAUGAGCGAUACGAUACUCGCUCGUCUAAAAAUUGUCAUUGGUUUUUAUCAAGUCACUUCCAGUACAUUGAACACUUUUUCGUACGUGGAAUGGCCCGGUGCGCUGUUAACAGUAGUGCAAUACGCCAAUAUUGUACAGUUAAACCUUUUGCAGAUUAUUCCUUUACAGUGCUUUGUAGACAACGUAACGAUGAAUGCCUACACGAGAUUUCUUGUUAUUAUGGGUUUUAACAUUUCUGUGAUACUCUUAGCGAUGUUAGUUUACCAGCUUCGAAAACUUGUGCUAAUCAACAAUACGUCUCUUAGCAGAGAUGAAUUGGACGAAGCUCUUUCGUACAGCAAAACGCAGAUCUAUCGAGUCGUCUGUCUCGUGAUUUUUGUCGCCUACCCUUGGACAUGCGAAGCCAUUUUGCAUCUUUUGUCCUGCCAGGAGAUUUGUUCCACCGGCCAAAGAGAUUCAUGUCAGUACUUUCUGCGCGCUGAUUUCACUGUUCAAUGCUUCACCAGUCAGUACAACAAGUACAUAAUACUAGCUUACACAUCGCUUGCCGUGUUCAUAGCCUUACCGGCGGUUACCCUAUUCCUGCUAUGGAAGUAUCACUACAAAAAGAUCUUUCCAGAAGGGCGAACCAAAAGUUACCAUGGAAACGAAAUAUCCAUUGGUCUCAGCUUCCUCUAUGAAAACUAUUCCCCAAGGUGUUGGUUCUGGGAACUGAUCGAAGUUUCGAGAAGGGUUUGGCUGACUUCGACGAUUUUUCUUCUUGAAGCAGAAACGCGAAGCCAUCUUGGCGUAGCAGCGAUUACGUCCGGAAUAUAUUGCAUUCUUGUAGCUUAUUACAAGCCCAUCAGUGAUAAACUCGAGCACUGGCUGCAGUUGAUCUCACUUCUCGCCACGUUUGUGACCAUGAAUGUUGGAAUGCUACUAAAAAUACCAGCGGAAGAAGCGUAUUCGAAUGGCCUGGUUCAACUGAGAGACUCUAUGUUUGUUUCGGUGGUCCUAGUAGCGGUGAACGUCACCGUCGUUGGACUUAUAGUAGGUAAGCAAAAUUACAGUAUAAUAAAGGCUUAAUGACUAGUUCCGAAGGAAACAGCAAGUGUUUGAUUCGAGGGAAAAAAACGAUUAGCUUCCCGAAGUGAUUAAGUGAUUUGUUAUAUAGCCCACUUUGAGCAACCUUAACGUGCACAAAUCUAUGAAACUCUCGGCGAUAUUCGCGGGUUUAAGUGCGUUCGUCAUUAGGAAUCUUACGAAACUACGACGGCGACGGCGACGGCAACGGGAACGUCAAAAAAGCAAUAGGUUUAAUGAGCAAUUUAACAACUCCGCACGUGCAUUACAACUAGCACGUGAAAUGACCAAAUUUUAAGUUGACUUGAGAACGGGAACGGCAAGGCGAUAAAUUCUACCAUCUCUGUCUGAACUCGGGCGCUACCCCCGGCGGCUUCAGCUCCAAGCUAAAAGCUAAAUCCCCAUCUUUUAAGUAACAGGGUGACUUGAGAUAAUCGCGAAAUAGUUUGAAAGGAUGAGAAGUCUAUUUUUCAGCCACGUCUUAAUGGACGUCGCCCUUGACGGAUCGUAAGGUCCCUAAUUACGACGGCGACGGCUACGAAAACGUCAGAAAAGCAAAACAACAAACUUUGCACAUCAUAAUUUGCACCUACAUCACACUAUUUAGUCAGUAUAUUUCUUUGCCAUCAUUGGAUUACGACGUAAAAUCAGUUCCGUUUUAAAAACUUGCAACUCGUGUUUUAUCAAGUUAAAAAUACUCCUGCUGAUUAACAGUUGCAGUUGCAACGCGUUUUCUCUAUUUAUCUCUAUUUUAGUGCACUGUACAGUUACCUUGAUCAAAGCAGUUAAUCAACUGAGAAAAAACACACACUGUGGCGUCGAGUGUUGCGUUGCGUUCAUGACUCAGAUGCUUGGAGCUGGAGAACACGAUGCUGACUUUGAGCCAGGAGAGAUUUCGAAUGCAACUGUAUUCCAACCUACUUAA